CGCUCUCCACCGUCCGACCUCUAUCUCCUCCUCAGAUAUUUUUCUUCCCCACUCACACUCCCACACCAUGCACUCCAACUGUUUGUAUAAAUCCCCCCUGUGAACUGAACUCUCUUCACCAUCACUGAAAACAUUCGCCUAGUAGAAUCUAAAGCUAGAUUUUCCCCAACCUCAAUUUGAUCCCCAUGGCGGCGACGAUCACCUCGACCUUGAAAACCCCUUUCCUCGACACCAAAUCGUCUUUCAAUGGCGCUCCGAUCCCGGCCGCCGUCGCCCGCUUCGCACCCAUCAAAUCUGUUGCCGGCGUCUCUAUGUCCAUGUCCAGCCCGCCGCCUUACGACCUGAACUCCUUCAAGUUCGCGCCGAUCAAGGAAUCCAUCGUCUCCCGCGAAAUGACCCGCCGAUACAUGACCGACAUGCUCACCUACGCCGACACCGACGUCGUCAUCGUCGGCGCCGGCUCCGCCGGACUCUCCUGCGCCUACGAGCUCAGCAAGAACCCCGACAUCCGGAUCGCCAUCAUCGAGCAGUCCGUCAGCCCCGGAGGCGGCGCGUGGCUCGGCGGCCAGCUGUUCUCCGCCAUGGUCGUCCGCAAGCCCGCACACCUCUUCCUCAACGAGAUCGGCGUCGACUACGACGAGCAGGACGACUACGUCGUCAUCAAGCACGCGGCGCUGUUCACAUCGACGAUCAUGAGCAAGCUGCUGGCCCGGCCGAACGUGAAGCUGUUCAACGCCGUUGCGGCGGAGGAUCUGAUCGUGAAGGGAGGCAGAGUAGGCGGCGUGGUGACGAACUGGGCGUUGGUUUCGAUGAACCACGACACACAGUCGUGUAUGGACCCGAACGUGAUGGAGGCGAAAGUGGUGGUGAGCUCGUGCGGCCACGACGGGCCGUUCGGAGCCACCGGGGUGAAGAGGCUGAUGGACAUCGGGAUGAUCGACAAGGUUCCAGGGAUGAAGGCGCUCGACAUGAACGCGGCCGAGGAUGCGAUCGUUAGGCUGACGAGGGAAGUUGUCCCCGGGAUGAUUGUUACUGGGAUGGAAGUUGCUGAGAUCGAUGGAGCUCCCAGAAUGGGACCAACAUUUGGAGCGAUGAUGAUCUCCGGCCAGAAGGCGGCUCAUUUGGCACUGAAGGCGCUUGGAGAAGCAAAUGCCUUGGACGGUGGAAUCAACGGCAAGGUGAAGCAGCCUGAGUUUGUUAUCGCUGAUGCAGAAACUGCCGGAGAGACUGUGGAUGCUUGAUGAGGACUGUGUAAAAGUAACUAAUAAAUGAAUGUCGAGUUAAUGAUAAUAAGAGGAGAAGGGAAGAAGAAGAAGAACUAGUGUGUGAAUGAGGUGUUUGCUAGUUUCUUUGGGUGUUUUUUCUUCGUUCUUUUGGCUUUUUGGAAGAGUGGUCGUAGACGAGUUUUAGUUAACUUGGGAAAGUGCUAAUCCGCGUUUGAUCUGGAUUUCAGUUGGAGUGCUUCUUGUGUGAGCCAUUUCGGUCCAGUCAAUCAAGCCAACUUUACGGGCUUCAGGCCUCUACCUGUAAACAUGGGCCAAAUGUUUGAAGUAAUAUCAUGGUGGGCUAUGAUUCUGUCUUGGACUUUUAGACUCCUGCAUGGAUUCAUCAAUUACCCCCAAUUCCCUCGACUUCUCUAGAUUCUAUUCUAUUUCUAGGUUCAACAUUAUUCGUGUAUAGUCGUUUAAGUCGGGCCAUUGAAGCUAUCGAAUGGUCACUUAGUCACUUUCUUUGCCCGUGAUCGUGCACUUGUGUGUUCGAGCUCGUUAGAUGUCACCCCGUGGGAUGCAUAGCGAUUAAGUCGAGCGUACGAACUCGUUAGACUUCAACCUUAACGAAAUUGGUUUACCAACUCGUCGAUUUCUACAUUUUCGACCUUGUCAGGUGUCAACCUCACAGGUGUAGACAAUAUAGUCAUCAUGCCACGGUCAUCUAAGCUUUGCUAACUAAUAAUACUAAAAUCAAAUGAUGAUGAACACUUGAUUAAAAAUGCUUAAUAAGGCAUGGAAUGUCAUUGUAGCCCAAUUUAAUGGUUGCUUAUUCAACGCUUCCCCCCGUGAUUUCUGUAAGUGAUAAAGAUUGAGGCAAAGGAAGGCACAUCACACGUACUCCAAACUGAUGCAAUACAUGAUAAUUUGGUACAUCAAAGCCUUCUUUUAUCAAAACUACAAACACACUGAAUAAUGCUUAAAAAUUUGAGACUGUGAUUAGAUACAAUUAAUUAUAAUGAUCAAACCCAUUUUAGGUUAAACAAGCCCAAAAGCUUUCUGCAACCCUUUCUCCAUUUAGGUGUAAACAGUAACUAUCUUAAUCAACGAAGCAGAAAGAUAAGAUAAGUACAUGCAUCGAUGGGGUAGUUGUUUUUGUGCUCUCUAAUUGAUCUUUGAAUUCCUUUUUCUUAAUUAUUUUGAUUUGGGGCAGAAUUGUGAAGCUAAUACGAAACCACACAUCUAUCGUUUGCCUAAAUUCAAUCAAUACCUCCCACUUUCUGGGGCUUAUCACCACCUAAUCUCCAUCUAACUUUUUUGUGAUCGAUUAAGAUGUGAAUUUGAGUGACAACUAUCUUAAUUGCAACUUGAUAUUUUUUUUUAAAUAAUGAGACCUACAAGUUAUUUUAAAGAAAUAUUUGUUAUUUUCUUUUAAUCCAAAAUAAGCUCCCAGGGCAUGGCGCGGGAUAAUACAAUUACAAGAUAGAGACUAACAAAGAACGGUAGUCCGUAUGCAGCUGAACUCCCGAUAAAAGAGCUCGUUUUGCUAUGAGAGAAGGGGGGGGGGGGGUUGUUGAACAUCCGAGUAGCAAGGGGACACGAGACUGAUAGAAAGGAGGAAAUGAGAAAACUAACCUAUUUGCCUUACGACGAAGGGAAUUAUUGGGCAAUCACUAAAAGUAAAACUUCAAUUAGAAGACAUGGAUCGUGAACAAACGUCAAAGUCGAUA